AUGUCUGAUAAGCUUGAAGAUGUUCCAAUCGAAGUUUCCAAGGUCUUUGAUACAAUUUUGGUGUUGGACUUUGGUUCUCAGUAUUCACAUUUGAUAACUCGUCGUUUGAGAGAGUUCCAAGUUUAUGCGGAGAUGUUACCAUGCACCCAAAAGAUCUCGGAAUUGUCAUGGAAACCGAAAGGUAUUAUUUUAUCCGGUGGCCCUUACUCAGUUUAUGCAGAAGAUGCUCCUCAUGUUGACCACGACAUUUUCAAGUUGGGGGUUCCAAUUUUGGGGAUAUGUUACGGUAUGCAAGAAUUAGCAUGGAUUAAUGGGAAAGGUGUUGCAAGAGGAGAUAAAAGAGAAUAUGGACCAGCUACUUUAGAAGUCAAAAAUCAACAGUGUGCGUUGUUUAAGGAUGUUGAUCAUUCACAAGUGUGGAUGUCUCAUGGUGAUAAGUUACACGCAUUGCCAACUGGAUUUGAAGUUGUUGCCACAUCAGACAAUUCCCCCUUUUGUGCAAUUGCCAAUGAAAAGGAAAAAAUCUUUGGUAUUCAGUUUCACCCAGAAGUUACUCAUACACUACAAGGAAAGCAGUUAUUGAGAAAUUUUGCAGUUGACAUUUGCCAAGCAAAGACAAAUUGGAGUAUGGAGAAUUUCAUAGACACUGAAAUAGCCAGAAUUAGAAAACUCGUGGGUCCUACAGCUGAAGUUAUCGGUGCAGUUUCUGGUGGUGUUGACUCCACUGUUGGAGCAAAAAUCAUGAAGGAAGCUAUUGGUGAUAGAUUCCACGCCAUCUAUGUUGACAAUGGGUUGAUGAGGUUGAAUGAGACGGAAAGUGUCAAAAAGACCUUGGAUGAUGGAUUAGGUAUCAAUUUGACAGUUGUUGAUGCUGGUGAGUUGUUCCUUGGCAGAUUAAAGGGGGUAACAGAUCCAGAAAAGAAGAGGAAAAUUAUUGGAAACACCUUUAUCCAUGUUUUUGAAGAUGAAGCUGCAAAGAUCAAACCACAUGAUGGCUCUGAAGUUGAGUAUCUUUUACAAGGGACAUUAUAUCCCGAUGUCAUUGAGUCAAUCUCUUUCAAAGGUCCAUCACAAACAAUCAAGACCCAUCACAAUGUUGGUGGAUUGUUAGAGAAUAUGAAAUUGAAAUUGAUUGAGCCAUUAAGAGAAUUAUUCAAAGAUGAAGUGCGUCACUUGGGUGAACUUUUGGGAGUUCCUCAAGAUUUGGUAUGGAGACAUCCUUUCCCUGGACCAGGAUUGGCCAUUAGAGUUCUUGGUGAAGUGACCGAGGCACAGUGCAAGAUUGCUCGUGAGGCCGACGCCAUUUUUAUCGAAGAGAUCAAAAAAGCAGGCUUGUACAGACAAAUCUCACAAGCUUUUGCUGCUUUGUUACCAGUGAAGUCUGUUGGUGUGAUGGGUGACCAAAGAACCUAUGAUCAAGUUAUAGCAUUGAGGGCAAUUGAAACUGUUGAUUUCAUGACUGCUGACUGGUUUGUUUUCGACGCUGCGUUCUUAAAGAAAACAGCUUCCAGAAUUGUUAAUGAAGUAGAUGGCGUUGCACGUGUCACCUACGAUAUCACUUCAAAGCCGCCUGCAACAGUUGAAUGGGAGUAA